UAUCAUACUAGAUUUUCUGUGCCGAACGGAUUAUCUUCCAUAAGCAUAAGCAUUGUGCUAGAAAUGUUCUUAUCAUAACCGUCAUAACCUCUAAAUAUUUUACAUUUUAUAAGUAUACAAUACGAUUCAAUACAGUAAAAAAAAAUGUUUAAGCGUGCAGCGACUAGUAGUGCGAUUUUGGCAAAAAAUUUCGGAUUUAUUAAGGAUCAUGCGUUUGUAAAUAUAAGAAACAAAAAAUUUGGUUCGGCAACUCAACAUUCACGAUAUAGACCGUUAACUCCGAUAAAUACUAUUAUAAUGUUUGUUCCUCAACAACAGGCAUGGAUUGUAGAAAGAAUGGGAAAAUUCCAUAAAAUUUUAGAUCCAGGUUUAAAUAUUUUACUUCCUGUUGUUGAUAAAGUCAAAUAUGUACAAAUUUUAAAGGAAUUAGCGAUAGAUGUGCCACAACAAAGUGCAGUUACAUCAGAUAAUGUGACUUUGAGUAUUGAUGCUGUAUUGUAUUUAAGAAUAACUGAUCCUUAUCUAGCCUCUUAUGGUGUUGAGGAUGCUGAAUUUGCUAUAAUUCAAGUAGCCCAAACCACCAUGAGAUCUGAAUUAGGAAAAAUAUCUUUAGAUAAAGUAUUUAGGGAAAGAGAAGGAUUAAAUGUUUCUAUCGUUGAAAGUAUUAACAAGGCCAGUAGUGCAUGGGGAAUAACAUGCUUAAGAUAUGAAAUUCGUGAUAUAAGAUUACCACCACGAGUGCAGGAAGCAAUGCAAAUGCAAGUAGAAGCCGAACGGAAGAAGCGUGCUGCUAUAUUAGAAUCGGAAGGUAUCAGAGAAGCUGAAGUAAACGUAGCAGAGGGCAAAAAACUUGCACAAAUUUUAGCUUCAGAAGCAGCAAGGCAAGAGCAAAUAAAUAAAGCUACUGGAGAAGCUGCAGCAGUAGUAGCAGUAGCAGAGGCACGAGCAAAGGGAUUACAAGUAGUUGCAAAUGCUCUUGGGGCAUCAGAUGCAAAAAAUGCGGCAGCGCUUAGCGUAGCAGAACAAUAUGUUAACGCAUUCAACAAAUUAGCAAAAGUUAAUAACACAUUGAUAUUACCAAGCAACGUAGGAGAUGUUUCGACAUUUGUAGCACAGGCAAUGGCAAUUUAUAAACAAGUAAUGCCCAAAUACAAUGAGCAAAAAGUAAUAGAUAAUCAUCAAUCAAAUGCUGCAAUGCAAAAGGAAGAAUCAGAUGAAUCAUAUGAAUAUUUUAGUGAUAAAGAAGAAGCUGAAAAACAUAAAAAGAUGGACAAACAAAAUCUUGCGUAUCUACCUUCCGGAAGUAAUUUCUGUUGGAAGGAUUUUCCAAAUAAAGUGCUUUCAAGAUUUCCUAUAGCAGUUAAUGUGCACAUGAACAAUAAUGAUCCAACCCAUCCUCCCAAUACAGUCCCCAACUGUGAUGAACCAAGCCAAACUUUGUACAUUUGCAUUCCAGAGAAUAAUAAUCAAGAUCAGGAUGAAAAAGCAGUUGAAUUCCAGUUUCAAAAGGUAAGACGCAAACAAAGAUCCAGGAGGCAACAACAUGUACUCCCAAUACAACAGCAACAAACACCAUGGAAUCAACCACAAUACUCACACAGUUCACUUGAACAACAACCAGUAACACGAGACUUUUCACAACAACAUGUACCCCCAAGACAACAACAACAGACAGAAUGGAAUCAAGGACAAUUUUCAGAAUAUUCACAAAAUUUACUUGAACAACCAGUAUCAGGAGAUACUGGAUCUCAACUGCAAAGGAUUUUUCCUCAACAACAACAAAGAACGAGGGACCGACAACAAGGAAAUAGGAAUCAACAACAAAGGCAGUACUCACAACAGCAAGAAAUACAGUAUCAAUCAGGACAACCUCAGCAAGUACAACAAUACUCGCAACAAAGAACACGCACUUCACAAUAUCAGGAACAACAAGUUCCAGGACCCUCCAGACAACAACAGACAGAAUGGAAUCAAGGACAAUUUUCAGAAUACUCACAAAAUUUACUUGAACAACAACAACAAAAAAUGAGGGACCAACGACAAGGAAAUAGGAAUCAACAACAAAGACAGUACUCACAACAUCAGGCAAUGUCACAUAACUUAUCACAACAACAGCAAGAAAUACGGUAUCAAUCAGGACAACCUCAGCGAGUACAACAAUACUCACAACAAAGAAUACGCACUUCACAAUAUCAGGAACAACAAGUUCCAGGACCCUCCAGACAACAACAGACAGAAUGGAAUCAAGGACAAUUUUCAGAAUACUCACAAAAUUUACUUGAACAACAACAACAAAAAAUGAGGGACCAACGACAAGGAAAUAGGAAUCAACAACAAAGACAGUACUCACAACAUCAGGCAAUGUCACAUAACUUAUCACAACAACAGCAAGAAAUACGGUAUCAAUCAGGACAACCUCAGCGAGUACAAAAAUACUCACAACAAAGAAUACGCACUUCACAAUAUCAGGAACAAGUUUCAGCAAAGACAGAUGGGACAAUACCUAUUUUGACAAAUAUGUUUGAAAUUAUAAUUGGUGAAAACUUUGCAACCAGCAUUGUUCAUUAUGAUGUAAUAAUUGAGCCUAAAUCCUCUAAAGCUAUACAUACAAAAGUUUUUGAAGAAUGUAGAGAUAAACACUUUGAAAAGAAUUAUCCAGCAUUUGAUGGAAUAAAAAAUGCAUAUAGUGCAACGGAGCUUCCUAAUGUUCAUGAAACUGAGAUUGAGAUCCAAGAUAAAGUAUGUGAUAAUCAAUGUGGCGAUGAAAGAUGCAAGACAGAAUGUACUACAUCUACAAGAAAUAAAACCUUUAGAAUUACUUUACAGAAAGUAGGAGAAAUCGAUUUUAGCUGGUUAAAAAACUUAUCAGUUAAAGUUGAUGACAUUCAAAGUAGUAUACAAGCUCUAGAUAUCAUCAUACGUUAUAGACCUAAGUCAAAAUUUAUUAAUGUUGGAAAAUUAUUGUUCCGGGAUCUAGAUAAUGGAACAUUACUAGAUAGAAAAAAGCCACAUUAUUUAACAUUAUCAUGGGGUCUUUUUUAUCCGCUAUACUUGGAUAUAGAAUUUGUUCCUACAGGAUUUGUUAAAGCUGAGAAGGUUAAUUGUUUAAUAAAUCAAUUAGAAGAAUACGAAAUGUCUAAUAAAAAAAAACUAGAAGAAAAACUUAAUUUUUUGAAGAAUUUAAGAGUGAUUUACAAAGUACUCCCGAAUAAGAAUUCCCAGGAGCUUAAAAAACCACUAAUAUAUCGCAUACAAGGAAUAGAUCUCCCUGCUAAUAAGCAGAAAUUCAAGUAUAAUGGAAUAGAAAUCACAGUAAAAGAUUUUUUUAAGGAAUAUAAGAAUUAUAUAUUGAAAUUCCCUCAUCUACCUUGUCUUGUCGCGAAGAAAACAAAAGGAGAUAAUAAAGAGAAACCGGCAGAGGUAUAUUUGCCUGCAGAAUUAUGUACUAUUGUGAAGGGUCAAUCUGUUAAAAAGUUGAAUAGCGACCAAACUACUAAUAUGAUUAAAGCCAUGAUGAAUCCAAAAACCCGCAAAGAGAGGAUAGAAAAAGCGUUUGAAAUGAUCAACGUGAAUGUUAGUCCUACCAUGAAAGAGUUUCAUUUGUCUGUCAACACACAAAUGAAACAAGUAAAUGCUAGGAUCUUACCUGCUCCGAAAUUAUUAUACAACCAAUCAGUAGAGGUAAACAAUGGAAUAUGGACAAUGGCGAAAUAUAUGUUUAAUCAAGCCGCGACAAUUUUAGAAAAGAAUACGUGGACUAUUCUCAAUUUGCAAUUUGAACCUAUAAAUAACCAAAUUUUUGAUAACAUGGAAUGUUUUAUGAAAAACUUACAGACAUAUGCAAGUAAGUAUGGUAUGCAGAUAAAAGAUGCUAACACUCGAGAAUUCAAAAGUUUGAAAAAAAAAAGGGAAAUCCAAAAGUACUUUCAGGAUAAUAAGAACAUGAAAUUAAUAAUAGUGGUUAUUCCAGAUUAUUUACCAGAUUUUACAGACAUAUACAGCGAGAUAAAACAGAUGACCGAGUUGGACAUAGGUGUCUUGACACAGUGUCUAAAAAAACAGACUUUUGAGAAAGUGGUUAACUCAAACCCAUCAAUAAUAACAAAUAUUCUUCUAAAAAUAAACGCAAAAUUAAAUGGUAUUAAUCAUAUACUUGAGGAAUCAUCAAAAUAUUUGAAGAAAAAUUGUAUGAUUGUUGGUGCCGAUGUAACUCAUCCAGCUCCUGAUGUUAAUACACCCUCCAUAGCAGCAGUUACUGCAAGUAGUGAUACUUUUGGGUUCCAGUAUAAUGUUAUGUAUAAACUUCAAAAUUCUAAAGAAGAAAUAAUCUCAGGUCUUGAAGACAUAAUAACGUCACAAUUGUCAAUUUAUAAGAAAAAGACAAAUUGUUUCCCAAAUAGCAUCAUCUAUUAUCGAGAUGGAAUUUCUGAUGGACAAUUCUCACAAUUUAAGGAUAUCGAAAUAACAGCUAUUAAAAACGCAUGUAAUAAAUUUAAUCAAUCGAUCCCAAAGAUUCAAAUUACCUGCUUAAUUGUCCAGAAGAGACAUCACGUGCGUUUUUUUCCCAUAGACGAACACAAGGACAAAAAUGGUAAUGUGAAAGUGGGCACAAUUGUCGAUACUGAAAUUGUUCCACAUAAUGAAGAUAAUAUUGAUUUUUAUCUCGUCUCACACAUGAGCAUUCAGGGUACUGUAAGGCCUACCAAAUAUAGAUGCAUAAUUAAUGAAUCUAAAUAUAGCCCAGAUGAGAUUGAAAAAUUGACAUAUUAUCUUUGUCAUAUGUAUGCGCGUUGUACCAGAGCGGUAAGCUAUCCAACGCCAACUUACUAUGCUCAUUUGGCAGCGUACCGUGCAAAAGCCUUACUAGAUGGUUGCAGCACCACAGUUUACUCUGACAAUCUCAGUGCAGCACAGAGAAAAUUAGAUAGCAUUUUAAUUAAUAAUCAGUAUCCGAUGUAUUUUGUGUAAAGAUAAUGUAGACAUUUUCAUGGCUUUCCAAAGAUUUUUAAGGAUUACUUUCUAGUCACAGCUUGAUAUCUCUAGCUAGUCCUACUUCUCUCUUCUUUUCAACUAUAAUUUUGCACUUCAUCUAUGUACUUCAAUUGUAAGAAUCUGAUGUAACAAAAGGAAAAAGAGGAAGUUUGACAUGCAAUAUUUUUUAUAUAUAUCAUUUAUUUUUCAUAAAAAAAAUAUGAAAG